AUGCGUCUCUCAAGCUUCCUCCUUCCUCUCCUCCCCCUCGCCCUCGCCAACCCCAACCCAGUGGCCGCACCAGCUCCCCAAUCCACAGGCGGCCUCCUCUCCGACCUCCCCACCAUCCUCAACGGCGUCAAAGAGCUCCUAAGCCAGGAGACCCUCAACGACCUUCAAACCAUCGUCAAAGGUGGCGCCGUGCUCCUGGGCGGCGACAACCCGUCUAACAUCGCUAAGUUGCUCUCGGGCGAUAAUGUCAACAAGCUCCAGGAUGUGAUUAAUAAUGCGCACUCACUCUUGACGCCGACGUUUGUGAAUGAGACGUCGACGUUGAUUGGGGAUGCGACGCCGCUGGUUUCGGCUGUGGAGAAGUUGCUGGGUGGGUUGAUGGCUUCAUUGACGUAG